CAGGCUCUUGAGACUGCGAACACUGAGGCUGAGCAGUCAGUGCUGGAGAGGAGUGAACUUCCAGAGCAGCUCUGGUUCACAAGACCUGGAGAUUUUUAUUUUUUUUCUUUUUGAAAAGAAAACUUUGGCACCAAUGACAGAGCGGACGGCUGCUGGUGGAGAUGACUGGAGCCCUACUGCUGGAGCAACAUCCCUCUGCUUUGGGAGUCUUUUACUGUCCUGAGCACCCGAGAGUUACGGGGGAACUUUGAUCUCAGAGGCACGAAUACUGGAGGAUUUCUACCUCUGUUUGGAGCUCGGCCCAUUAAAGAGGGAACUAGCAGGACGCUUUGUUGGAUAAAAGCCAUAUUCACAAUCAAACUCCAGGAUGAAGACUCGCCUCCUCUGCUUGGAGUUACUCCUCUUGGCGGCUCACGUACUCGUGUCCAGCGGGCAGCUGGAGCCGAAGAAACAAGUUCCCCAGAACCCUCUGACGGCCACCCAGAGACUCGGGCUGGUGGAGAGGGACGUUCAGGGUCCGAUGAGGCCCAACAUCACCAUGCCCCGCCGUCGCCUGCCUCCCAUGUGCACCGGGCCCACGGAGAUCCGAGACACCUUCAAGUACAUCAACACGGUGGUGUCCUGCCUGGUGUUUGUCGUCGGUAUUAUCGGCAAUUCCACCCUUCUGAGGAUCAUCUAUAAGAAUAAAUGCAUGAGAAACGGGCCGAACAUACUGAUCGCCAGCCUGGCACUCGGAGACCUGCUGCAUAUCAUCAUCGGCAUUCCCAUUAAUGUUUACAAGCUCCUGGCGGAGGACUGGCCGUUCGGCGUGACUCUGUGCAAGCUGGUGCCGUUCGUCCAGAAAUCCUCGGUGGGGAUCACAGUGUUGAGUCUGUGCGCUUUGAGCAUCGACAGGUAUCGCGCCGUGGCCUCUUGGAGUCGUAUCAAAGGGAUCGGAGUUCCAAAAUGGAUGGCUAUCGAGAUUGCACUCAUCUGGAUAUUAUCCAUCAUCCUGGCAGUGCCAGAGGCAAUAGCCUUCGACAUGAUCACAAUGGACUACAAAGGAGAACACCUGAGAAUCUGCUUGCUGCACCCGAUGCAGAAAACCGAAUUCAUGAGGUUUUACAAAUCAGCGAAGGACUGGUGGCUGUUCGGUGCCUAUUUCUGCCUGCCGUUGGCCUGCACUGCUAUUUUCUACACGCUGAUGACCUGUGAGAUGCUGAGGAAGAAGAACGGCGUGCAGAUUGCUCUCAGCGACCAUCUCAAGCAGCGGAGGGAAGUGGCUAAGACAGUGUUUUGUCUGGUUCUGGUCUUCGCUCUGUGCUGGCUGCCUCUCCACCUCAGCCGUAUCCUCAAGCUCACCAUCUACGACGAGAAAGACCCAAACCGCUGCGAACUGCUCAGCUUCUUUCUGGUGUUGGACUACAUCGGCAUCAACAUGGCGUCGAUCAAUUCGUGCAUCAACCCCAUCGCCCUCUACAUGGUCAGCAAGCGCUUCAAGAACUGCUUCAGGUCCUGUCUGUGCUGCUGGUGCCUACCGGCGGAGAUGUUAAUGGACGAAAAGCAGUCGUGCAUGAAGCUUAAAGUCACCGACCGAGCCUCCGAACAGAGCCACUCCCGCCUGACCAACAAAUCCACCACGGCCUGAAGAGAGGCCUGGAAGUGAGAAAAGAGAUAUGGGGACAAAAAAAAAAAGAAAAACCCAACAAUGUUUUUUUUUUUGAUGUAUGACUUAAAGAGGAUGAGGCCCCUUUUCAGCCUCAUCUACAUCAUAUGAAGUGUCCUUCAACUCUUUGCAGAUGUGCUUUUUGGAAAUCUGCCCUCACAGAAACUCAUUCCAACCCGAGCGCUGCACAUACUCCCUGUCCGAGGAGACAUGAGCGCCGGUGCACUUCAAUAAGCUGUACAACAAGUGUGAGAUGUGUGAAGAGAGAAAAAAAGGCAAACAGGUGUAAAUAACAUCAAAUGUGGAGAACUGAGUGGGGGGCGAAGUUCAGCGGCGUUAUGCUAAAUUGGGGGUUAAGGGUCGAUUACCAAAGACAGCCUGUCAGGCUUCGCAGCCUGGAUCAUGAAUGUUACUUUGACGCUAUGAAUCUCGUGCUAAGCUCUGCAUUUUAUGGACAAUAUUUGUGUGUGUUGCGCUGUGUCGUUACGUGUUGCUCAUACACACUGCAGCAGCUUGGAAAAGAUUCAAAAGCAACUAAUGCUCUUGUUUUUGUGUGUAAAAUGUACGUAUGUGUCGAGCAUUUUGCGUGCUUCUGCAUACUUUAUCACAUUAAUACUUUCGAAUGCAUCGUCUCUGUGUGUUUUCCCCACUAGUUACUGAACUACUGACGUGGUGUGUUUUCAGCUGCGUGGCCGUCAGCUGCUGUAUUAUACUGUUCGGGCCUGUUAGUGAGGUCUUGUUGUGUGACUGUGUUUGUGCCUCAUUAUUUUAAUGGGACUCAUUGCCUCAGCUGGUAUCACAAGAGGUAGGGGUUGUUGUUUUUUUCAUCGAGUGUAAUAAAUAAAUUGAAAUAUAAGAAAGUA